AUAUUCCAGGGGAGCCAGGCAACUGCUGAAAUAACGUGUUUGGCGCUUUAACACGCUGCCAACAACAGCGCCUCCCCAAGCGUCACUAAAUUCCGGCUUCACUGUAGUCUCCGCGCACCUGGAGAUCCGCGUAACGACGCGCAGCAUCUGCUGACGUCUGGACAUUGCGCGCGGUCCGAGCAUUCUUGAAGGUGCGUUUUGCUCAGCAUCACCGCAGCGAGAUCCAGAGAGACAGGCAGCCUCCCGGAAGAUAAAAGCUCAGGCAGCGCGGUGCACGAGACGGGGAACGUUACGAUCGGCACGCAUCGUGGGAACGCAAUAUUGUGGAAUCAGGUCGUUGUGUAAACUUCCCGCACAAACUGCCUUGGAUGUGCCAGACAGGGGUGCCAUUGCUCUCCGGUGACAAGUGGACUGUUUUUACACCAUCCUUCUAAAUAAGGAAGCAGGGCUGUCAGACAUAUGACCACCGUCCCAAUUUGGGCGCUGCCAGAGUGCCCAUCGCAUCCCAUGAUCGCGCGCAAGCCAUCCAAUAAGGCUCAGCAUGCGACCCCCAUUGCACACGUGGAGUGACAGCAGCGUCCCAUCAUCAUCAGUCCGCCGCUCGCAACUUUCUCUCUCUCUCCCUCUCUCUCUCUCUCCUCCCCCAUCCCCAGAUAUAUGAUGUCAUGUAAGGAUGAGGGUGGCUUCUGAGGUGAGAUAGGGAUUUUGGUGAGUGGCAUUCUCCACGACCCGAGGCUUCGGAGCUGCAAAACAUGGUCAUCACCACCUUCUCCACCUCAAGUCGUGUCUCCGCGCUCUCUCCCCGUUCUUCCGCCGCUCUCAUCUCGGGCCACCGUCGCAUGCCCGAAGUCCUGACCUGCCUCGCUAAAUUAAGCCUGCACCACCAUGCCGAGGGAAGAAAAUCUAGAAGAGGGGUAUUUUUAGUGCCAUUAAUUUUGACCACGUGCCCCGAAGGUAAACCCGAUGGCCAUUGCGCAAAGGCUCCUCAUCAGUAUGUCCUGCGAGGCCAACGCGCAACACUGGCCAAGGACUGCCGUUCUGCUCUUGGGAUUGCUCCUAGUUGGGAUUGUGUCCUCCAGUCCGCUUCCGAGUAGGACUAAUAGGACAACUUUACUGGAGAAGCGAUGGGAGAGCCUCUUCUCCCGCUCCGUGUUGGGGAUCUCUGGAGAGAGACCAGAGGCGAACUGGGAGAAUGACUAUUUGCUGGGCAUCAAAAGAGUGCGGAGGCUGUACUGCAAUGUAGGCAUCGGGUUUCAUCUUCAGGUCCUCCCAGACGGCAAGAUAAACGGUGCACAUAAUGAGAACCAGUACAGUCUCAUAGAGAUCUCCACUGUGGCCAGAGGAGUGGUUAGCCUGUACGGUGUGAAAAGCGAGCUGUUUGUCGCAAUGAAUAACAGAGGAAGGCUGUACGGAACGGCUACCUUUAAAGACGAAUGCAAGUUCAAGGAGACCCUGCUGCCAAAUAACUACAAUGCCUACGAGUCCUCCGUUUACAAAGGAUUCUAUGUCGCUCUCAGCAAACAUGGCCGAGUGAAGCGAGGCAACAAGGCCACCACCGCCAUGACAGUCACCCACUUUCUCCCGCGAAUAUGAGCAGACUCUUGCAAUAAUUCUUCAUUUGCACUGAUCUCCCCAAGAGAUCUGAAAACGGACACACAAACAUACAAGGAACUGCAAGGAUAUCACCAAAAUAGUACUUCUUCUUUUUUUAUAUGUAUAUUUGGAUAGGUCAGCUUUUUAUUAGGAUAUCUGAAUAUGCUAUCCGUUGCUGCUUACUUCUUUUAUUUAUAUAUAUUAUUGGUUAUGGAUGUGGAGGCUCUCCCAGUCUUCCUUUCUGUAAUCAGGUGCUUGCCAAGAAUCAAACAGACUCUAGAAUGGAUGAUGGAAGUCCUCCUCAGCUUUUUAUAGUGAAAUUAUGUUUUUUAUUACCUCAAAGAGCUACCUAGAUGGUUUAAAAGAAUGCAUGAAGUUAUGCUUGUUAUUUUAGUUCUGUCUGAGCCGAUACAAGCAUAUCGAGUCUUUAUUUUUUUAUCUUUGACUUUAUUUUCUUUCUGUUUUUCUCAUGCUGUGGGGUUGUGUCAGCACUUAAAAGAAAGCAGAUCUCUCUUGCUGCAUGUUGCACUGAGGUGCCUUGGCAUUCCCACACUCCGCCCCUUUAACAUGCAUGCUCUGAACGCCCCGGGGUUUCAGAAAUAGGGCUGUUAUAUUUGAGCCAGGGCCCCGCGGGGACUGUCCCACAAGGGCCCCAGAGAGGGGCGAGGUGGAUGAGUGUGCAUCUCUGCUUUAUUUUACUUUUCUCUAAUUAGAGAACACUGUAUGAGACGCGAGAGCGGCUUGUAAACACUGAUCAUCUCUGACAUUUGGCAUCGUCUGCUGUCAACUCAGAAAUGAGGUGUAGCUUUAGCCCCUUUUCACUGGUAAUCCCAGUAAAUUGCCAUAAAAAUGACCAGAAUUACUUUUCCAGUACUCAGUGGCUUUGUACUGCUAAGAGACCAUUCAUGCAUCAGUAAAAAAAAACGGUAAACUCUGUGAUGUCAGUCACUGGAAAUUAUGCAGUACUAUUUCUUCAUUAGGUCGUAUGCAUUUUGAAUUUGAUAACCUUUUUUUGUCUUCUGAGUGACAUGAUGAUUAUGGAAACCCGUUUCCUCCACCAAAUAUAAAAAAUAAAACGGGUAACGGCAACUUUUUAUUGCACAAUUUGGACUUUUUUCUUACAAUUGCAAAUUUACAGUUAGUCAACAUUAUGCAAUUCUGAGAAGAAAGUCCAAAUUGUGAGGUAUAAACUCGCAAUUGCAAGAUAAAAAGUUGCAAUUACCUUUUUUUAAUAUUCUGUGGCAGAAACAAAAAAAGACAGAAUUCCGAAAAAAAAAGAAAAAAAUUGUCUUAAAAACACAAAACACCACACAAUAGUUUCCAAAGCACUGUUAGAACUGAAUUACCGGUAUUUAAAAAAAAAAAAGUCCUGUUGACACAUGAUCUCUAAACUGUAAUUAAGCAGUACAGAUAGUAUGCGUGAAAGGGGCUAUUAUCUUUUCUAGCCAAACCCCUUUGCAAUCAGAAUUAAACUUUUUAUAAUGAAAACGGGGAAAAAAACAACAAGUAAAAAGUGAGAAAUCUACAGGGGAACUGAUGCAAGCACACAUUGGAAAUGUUAAACACGGCUGGUUCGAUUAUACUAUUGCUUACCACAGGUUUGCCUGAACAAAAGGAGCACUUGAAAAUAAGCUUUAAGCGUUGCUGUGAAUGAGACCGUCUUCUAAACCAAUGAAAAUACUGUAAAUACUGACUGUGCACUGAAAACGCCAGUAGCCCGGAGCUUUGUCGCUUGUUGCUAAAGGCACACUGCCAUCCAUGAUGGUAACUGAUUCAAAGGAAUACGUGCAGUAUAUUUUUAUUUAUUUUUGCUUUUGGUGUGAGUAUAUGUGUGUGCACCUGUCCUUGUGGAUGCUUGCGUGUGUGUGAAUCCUGGUCGAGGGGGCAGUCGAGUCUGGUUCUUUCCUGUUGCUGCAGAGGCACUGCAGUGGCACUCGCGACUGCUGCUCUAUGCAAAUGUAAUUACAGGGCAGACACCGUGUGGCAUCCAAACUGAGGGACACUCACUGUUUUUUAGGAUUUUGGUAUGUCUGCUUUUGUUUGCAUCAGUUUGGAUCACCAAAUGUCACCCCACCUUGUUUAUUUAACCCUUGUGCUGGUCUGAAAACCUUUACCUAAUUUGGUGUUUCGAGUCAAAAAUGACUGGCCUUUUGAAAAUUGCUUGUAAAUCUCUCGUUAAUACUAUAUUGUUACCAAAUCUUGGAUUUAAUCUUUUUGUCGACUUGUUUUCUUUCAAUAAGCACAGAUUUUUAUUUAUUUCUGGACUGGUUGGUUGUAGGCCUUAUUGAUCUGAGCUUAUGGACCUCGGUUUUUAAAUGAAAAAAACAUUAUUUGUGGAUCAUGUUGGCAUUGGUCACUCAAAAACUGAGGUGCAUGAACUCAGAUCAAUGACACCCUUGAUCAAUCAGUUCCAAAAACAAAAACAAAACUCAUGUUAAUUCAAAGAAAACAGGUUGAUAAAAAGAUUGAAUCCAGUAUUUGGCAAUAAAAUAGCACAAUGAGAAACUUGUUAGCAAUUUUUUGGUAGGUUGUUCAUUUUAAAGGUGGAACAAGGUGGAAAAACCUCCAAAAAUAGUACAAAAAUUAUUUUUGGGAAGUUGCUAUACAAUGUGUAAGCAACAUCAGUAAGUUUUAGUCCAAUGUGAUAACAUUAACUAGCAGAUUUAAGAAAUAGAAAAUCUCUCUGGGUCACAGCAUGAGGGUUAAAGGGAAAGGAAUCGAAAGGAAUGACGUUAUUUUAGAAAGACUUAUGGCCUGAUUGUUUGUUCAGUCUGUUUGAAGUAUGUGGGGGUGGAAUACCUGAGCAGAGGCCAUGCUGGUGACGUCUCCCUCGCAACAUGGGUAGUCUUGUAAAAGCCACUGUGCACAGAAGCCUUGAGAUUCCAGUAGCACUAGGGCUCUUUAUGGUUUUCCAGCCAACUUUAGUCCAAGGUCGUAGCCAUGGAGUUAAACUAGUCGAAAAAGUCCGUCCAAGGUCUUGUUUCUUUCCUCAAGUCCUUUGUGGUCUCAUUAUCAUGUGUUUGGAUCCAUGCUGCUUUCAGUUAAGGUUGUUCUUAACUGAAUUUACCAUUGUUCUGUUGCGUGAACUCCUGUAAUUUCAACAUGAA